GGGGCCGCCUAGACGGGUACCAGCAGACAAGAGCCCCUCCCCCGAGCGGACCCAGGGGCUGAUGGCUGGGGACAAAGCCAAACCCUGUGAGCUGGACCAGGAGAAAUAUGAUGCUGACGACAACGUGAAGAUCAUCUGCCUGGGGGACAGCGCUGUGGGCAAGUCCAAGCUCAUGGACAGGUUCCUCAUGGACGGGUUUCGGCCCCAGCAGCUGUCCACCUACGCCCUGACCCUCUACAAGCACACGGCCACGGUGGACGGCAGGACGGUGCUUGUGGACUUCUGGGACACGGCGGGCCAGGGGCGGUUCCAGAGCAUGCACGCCUCCUACUACCACAAGGCCCACGCCUGCCUCAUGGUGUUCGAUGUGCAGAGGAAGGUCACCUACAAGAACCUGAGCACGUGGUACGCGGAGCUGCGGGAGUUCCGGCCGGAGAUCCCCUGCAUCGUGGUGGCCAAUAAAAUCGACGCCGACAUGAAGAUGACCCAGAAAAGCUUCAACUUUGCCAGGAAGUUCUCGCUGCCCCUGUACUUCGUCUCAGCUGCUGACGGCACCAACGUCGUGAAGGUAGUGAUGGCGGCAGACGUGGCCGGCAAGCUCUUCAAUGAUGCGAUCCGACUGGCUGUGUCUUACAAACAGAACUCCCGGGACUUCAUGGACGAGGUUCUGCAGGAGCUCGAGAACUUUGAUUUGGAGCCGAAGGAGGAGGACCAGCCAGACCAAGAGCAAGAGCAGCGUGGCCGCCUCGACAGCCCGGCUCACUCCUGAGCCCAGAAGGCCGCCCCCCCUGCAGCCCUGCCGCUCACCCAGGACAC